AUGGCUCCUACUGGAGUGUCACAAGGUGCUGCAACUGAAGUUCAGGGCACUCCAGUCUCGGCUGCCCAACCUCCUGUUUCUGCAUCCCAGCCUCUAGAAGUAGAAAAUGCUGCGAAAACAGGUAAUCCUCAGGAUUCCAAAAAAAUUUCUAGAGCAUGGCAGCACUUUACUAUGAUACCUGAGACAGUUGGAACUGAUAAGCCUAAGGCUGCAUGUAAUUACUGCAAAAAGAAGUAUUUGGCUGGAUCUAGGGCACAUGGAACUAGCAAUCUUUUGAAUCAUAUCGAUGGGAAGAAGUGCAAAGAAUAUGAAAAACUUCGGAAGUCUAAAAGUCAUAAGCAAAGUAUGAUUGUCAUUGACAAAUCUCAUCAAAAUGUGGGGGAUGGACUUCGGUUAGCUUCCUUUAGUACUUCUGAAGCUAGGAAAGCACUAGCCAGAAUGAUUGUGAUUGAUGAAAUGCCUUUUCGAACAGUAGAUGGUGAAGGUUUUCGAAAUUACAGCAUGACUUUCCAACCUAAAUUCAGUUUGCCUUCUAGAAAAACUGUGCAAAGAGAUUUUUUUAAGAUAUAUGAAGAAGAAAAGGCAAAAUUGAAGUCUAUGUUGCAUUCUCAGCGUGUUUGUCUUACCACUGAUACUUGGACUUCAGUGCAAAAUCUCAACUAUAUGUGUUUGACAUCACAUUGGAUUGAUGAUAAGUGGAAGUUGCAUAAGAGGGUUCUCAGUUUUCCAACCAUAGCUAAUCAUAAGGGGGAGACAAUAGGGCUAUCUGUCAUGAAUUGUUUGAAAGAUUGGGCAAUAGAGAAGAUCUUCACUGUGACCGUAGAUAAUGCUAGUACCAAUGAUGGUGCCAUUAAGCAUAUCAUUCGACGAACAAAAGAAACAUUAGGCACAGUCUUGCAUCAUGAAUACAUUCAUAUGAGAUGUUGUGCACAUAUUCUUAAUAUUAUUGUUCAAGAAGGUUUGAAAGAGGUGGAUGAUGCUAUUAUCAAGAUUAGGAAUGCUGUUAGAUAUGUUAGGAGCUCUCCUGCUAGAAUGCAGAGCAUUUUGAAGUGUGUUGAGGAGGAAAAGAUCAAUUGCACAAAUCGUGUAUGCUUGGAUGUUGAAACUAGGUGGAACUCAACUUAUCAUAUGUUGGUUGUGGCUGAAAAAUAUGAAAAGGCUUUUGAUAAGUUGGAUUGUGAAGAUUCUCGCUAUUCUUUAUACUUUCGUGGAAGAGGAAAAAAGAGACAGAAAUUGAUGGGUCCCCCAGCAUGUGAAGAUUGGAAAAAUGCCAGGUGCUUGGUUGAAUUUUUGAGGUUAUUCUAUAAUGCUACAUUGAAAUUUUCUGGCACUGCUCAUGUCACUUCAAAUAACUUUUUUCAUGAGCUUGUGGCUGUGCAACAAGGGAUUCUAAACAUGACAAGGAGUGAGGAUAGCAUUUUAAGUGGAAUGGCAUUUAGGAUGCUAGGAAAAUUUUCCAAGUAUUGGGUGCAAGUUGAUAACUUGAAUUCCUUAUUGCAUAUCGCUGUAGUUCUUGACCCGCGAUAUAAACUAAGAUAUGUAGAGUUUUGUAUGGAGAUGAUUUAUGAUGCCAAAGUUGCUGCCAGCUUUGCUGAAACUCUAGAGAGCAAGUUUUUGGAGUUAUAUGCAUUUUAUUUGAAGGAAAACUUGGAUUCUGGAAUUUUUUCAGCUCCUACUAUUUCUCAUGAUUUGGCAAAGGUUGAUCCAGCAAAAGCAUUACGCCUGAAAUUUGCAAAGAAAACUGCAUCUCCAAUAAUUUCUGGAGGGAAAUCUGAAGCUCAACGAUACCUAGCAGAUGUGGCGGAACCUGAAACAGAAGACUUUGAUAUUCUUAUGUGGUGGAAGGUUCACUCAACCAAGUAUCCAAUUAUUUCAAAAAUGGCGAGAGAUGUGUUGGCUGUUCCAAUAUCAACAGUGGCCUCGGAAUCUACCUUUAGCACCAGUGGUCGUGUUUUGGAUCCUUAUCGGAGUUCAUUGAGUCCAAAUACCGUCGAGGCGUUGGUAUGCUGCGAAGAUUGGUUAAGAGCAACGCCAAAAACUGUUGAACCUAAGAAUGAUGAUUUUGGUAUCUAUUUUUGGUUCAUUUCUUUGAUGUCAACUUUUUAUACUUCAUUACUAAUAUGUUUUCUUGUGCAAUCAAACCAUGUAGAGUCUCUAGAAGUUGUCGGUCCAGCUCCUGAACCUAGUGAAGCAAAUGCUGGAAAAUGA